CAGAGUUCAGUCGUUUGGUGGUGCCCAAGCAGGUCGGAGCUGUCCUUUGCAACUUCUCUAUUUUCAGCUUUGUUUCUAUCUUCCAUAUAGAAACCUCUUCGAGGAUCAUCUCUUACAGAGAAUCUUAGUCAUUCUCUGAGACUGCAAAUAUGAACGGAGUCAUGUCUAUGCAGGUACCAGUCAUGCAGCAGAACAAUUUGGAGCCACCAGCGAAAAAAAUACGAUCAGAAGAUGUUACAGCAGGGAGACAGUACAGAAUCUGUGGCCUUCGACUCAGCUGUGAUCAUGAGCGCGCACCAAAGAAAGAAAGAGAACGAAUCUGAGUUUUAUGUGAACUCUCCCACUGACUCACGGCAACUAAAUAUGUCGAGUACAAAUCAUUCACGAAUUUUAGAUAGAUUUCUGCGUCGCCUCACAAGUCUCUCGGAUAGUUUGUGCGCGCAACCUUCAUUGCUCGACCCUGAACACGGUUAGCCAAAUAAUCGAGUGAUCAGACAAAAGUAGAGGCUCACGUGUUCGAAAAAAAAUGAUAGUCCAGACAAAAUUUACGCAUAGUUUUCGUAUAAAUAUAACUAUGCGAUCGCGUAUGAUUUUCUUGUAUUGUCAUCUCAAAAAAAUCAUUCGUGCCGAUUGGAUUGAAACAUGUCUUUUAAAUCUAAUGAAGCAUUUGAAUGAUUUCAAAAUAUGACGUAUGAAAUAAAUUAACGCGACUCAUAUUUAUAAUUAUACGAAAGCGAUACAUAAUUUUUUUCUGGAUCAUAAAGCCGUCUUCUUUUUUUCUUUCUUUUUUUUUCAAGUAAAACAUUUUGAGAGAGAAGCACCUUAUCAAUGCGUCACGUUUUUUGUUUCUGUUUCAGAAAGACUAGCCCAGCCAAAUUGGUAGAGAUUAAAGAAUAUUUCUCUCUUGCUUUCGGUUGAUACAUUUGUAGCGUUGCGUCCGGUGUGUAGCUAAAUGAUCACUUGAGAACCGGAAUUAUGUCGAGGAUGGUUCAUAAAAAAAAGUAAAAAUUAUGAAAAGGAGGAUAUGAUAUGAAUGUAGCAUUGAUUAUCAAAUUAAUCGAUUAUUUACGAAGGCGUAAUAUUUUUUUUAACCGCGCAAUAUUUUUUAGACUAAAAUUUGUAUAAAAGUUGCAGAGGGUAAUUAAAUAAACUAAUCGCUUAACAAAUUCUAAUUUACCGCGUUAGUCGUUUGUUAUCUGGUCGCGAAAAAUAAUCGAUUAAUUUUAAUUUGACACAGCCCUGCCAAUUUAAAAAUCAUUAUGUCAUUAUAUUGUCAUUUAAAUUACUAUCGUUGAUGUAUACAUGUGUGAGACUUGUGGAUUUAAAAUUAUCAGCUCAACGUUGAAGAGACUAAUUCCUAUCUUGAUUGUUUUAAUUUCUUUAAACUUACAGUUUCAUGGAGGUACCUCAUCAUGGAACCACUGAGAGACACCGUUACUUUUCAGUUUCUGAGAUCCAAUGCCUCCUUCAUUUCCUAACAUGAUAUAAAAUUUCGUCUUUCAAAGAUAUUCCAAUAUUCUUUAUAUAUAUUUUCUUAUUAUUAUCAUGAUUCAAUUCGUAAUAAUUUUCUCUCAAUUUUACAGAGCUAAACACAUGAUACCAGUCCCAAGAAAAGAUUUCUGAUAUAGUCCCUUACGAAUCCCUAGUUGAUGCUUUUUCACGAAAAAAGCAUCAAAAAUACUUCAACCAUCUAAAACUUAUUAUCGAUAAAAAAUAGAUCAUGCCACGUGGUAUAAUUAAUUAAAGAAUGAUGGUUGAAGUAUAACACUAAAAUUGAUGUAUUUGAAGUCGUCUAAUCGUUUACUUUUGCAGGAAAUGUGUCGGAUUAUCUGCCUGGCCCGAUUUACGAUCUCAAUCAAACAGGACAAGUGGUUGCAGGUCCUGGAGCCAAGUACCUUACAUUACCUGGGAUACUGGGGGCUGGUUUACCAAAGAUUUCUUCUGAUCAACAGGACACUGUGAACCGAGCUAAGAAAUAUGCUAUGGAACAGAGUAUCAAGAUGGUUUUGAUGAAACAGACUUUAGCUCAUCAACAACAGCAAAUGGCUAGUCAGCGGAAUCAGGUGCAGAGACAACAGGCUCUCGCCCUCAUGUGCAGGGUUUACGUAGGCAGUAUAAGCUUCGAGCUGAAGGAAGACACAAUUAGGCAGGCUUUCCUGCCCUUUGGACCAAUCAAGUCAAUCAACAUGUCCUGGGACCCGGCGACCCAGAAACACAAAGGAUUCGCCUUUGUUGAAUACGAAAUUCCCGAGGCGGCGCAACUUGCGCUUGAACAGAUGAAUGGUGUCAUGAUUGGUGGACGUAAUAUCAAGGUGGUAGGACGUCCGUCUAACAUGCCACAAGCUCAGUCGGUCAUCGACGAAAUCACAGAGGAGUCGAAGCAUUACAACCGCAUCUAUAUCGCGUCUAUCCAUCAAGAUUUGACCGAGGAAGAUAUCAAGUCAGUCUUUGAAGCCUUUGGCCCAAUCACCUACUGUAAAUUGGCUCAAGGCAGCUCGCCGCACCGCCACAAGGGCUAUGGUUUUAUUGAGUACGAGUCCAUGCAGUCAGCUCUUGAGGCCAUUGCUUCCAUGAACCUCUUCGACCUCGGAGGACAGUACCUCCGAGUCGGUAGAGCUAUAACACCGCCCAACGCACUCAUGGGACCACCUAGUGGAACUAGCAUGAUGCCCACCGCCGCUGCGGUUGCAGCUGCAGCAGCCACAGCCAAAAUCCAAGCUAUGGAUGCGGUGGCAAGCAAUGCUGUUGCGCUCGGUUUGAGCAAACUAGGAGCUGCAGCCACACCAAUUCUCGGUACUGCAAUGCCAGGGAUAGUACGUCCUACUUUAGCAGCUUCGACGAUCUUGGCUCCUCCAACGAUAGCCAGUGUUGCAUCUAACAUUCCACCACCAGGCAUAGCCAUCCCGCAAACUCUUAAUCGACCACCUGCGAUCAUUCAGCCCAUUCCCGGACAACCCGUGGUCAUACCGCCUCCAGCCGUCGUCACGCCAACCGUAGUCGGAGCUCCAGUUCCAAUGCAAGUGGUCACUGCCGCAGCCGCAGCCGCAGCCGCAGUGGUACCUGUAGGUCCAGAAGUUCUUCGCCGAGCUCAAGAGCAAGCAGCCCACCAGAAACAACAAGAAGAGCUUCAAAAGAAAUUGCUUGAGGAAGCUGAACCUCAGACACUCCAACAACAAGAGAAUAUGUCGAUCAAGGGUCAAAGUGCUCGCCAUUUAGUUAUGCAGAAACUCAUGCGCAAAGUAGAAUCCCGUGUCGUCAUUCUUCGGAACAUGGUCGCGCCCGAAGACGUUGACCAGACUCUUCAAGAAGAGAUUCAGGACGAGUGCUCCAAAUUCGGCGUUGUAGAGCGCGUCAUCAUUUAUAAUGAGAGACAGUCCGAGGACGACGAGGAUCCAGAAAUCAUUGUAAAGAUUUUCGUCGAGUUUUCACAAAUGACCGAGGCAGAAAGAGCAAGGGACUCGUUGAACGGCCGCUACUUUGGCGGUCGACUAGUUAAGGGCGAACUUUAUGAUCAAGCCCUGUACGACAACAAUGACUACUCGGGUUGAUUAUCGACAUUCCUCAGCCGCGCGAAAGACAAGUUCAAUGUAUUAUUUUCUCCUGUGGAAGAAAACAAAUUGAGAGAGAACCGUCAGGUGCGCAUCAUUGUAUUAUCUCUUAUGAAGAAGCAGAGGAUUUCGAAAUUUAAGAAAUUCACCAAACCAGAAGAUACACUCAGCCAUCAUUUGUACACCACACUCGUAGAUAGAAGUCGUAGACUUAGCGAAACUGCGUGUUUUGUUUUGUUUUCGUGUAAUUGAGGAAAUCUUCAACGUGCUGCAAUCAUUAAGAAAGGGAUUAAAAUCAACGUUUUCCCAAAGAGCAAGAGCCUAUGUGCACUCUCAUCACUGGCCUCCUGUGCAUAAGAGCACAACAAGCACUUUCCGUCUGAUGUUUCAAUUAAUUAUGAUCAAGACUUAAUUUGUAAAACUAAAAUAUUAUUUUGAUUAUAAUAUAAUGUUUGAGGAUCGUCACUCGCUAUCGAGCGACCGAUGAAUGUAACUAUAUUUAAAGUUAUAUAUAUAUAUAUAUAUAUAUCUUUUAAGUAUGUAUAGUAUUUAAUUAUUAAUAAAUUGUUUUUCAAU